AUGGUACGACUCUAUCGUGGCAGCCGAAUCACUGAAAUGCUCGAGGCCAAAAAACAAGUUGAUGAUCAAAUGUCGAUCGUCGAUCGCACGGAUUGGUACGUUCCCCGCGAGUCGUUGCUGAGCGAGCGAGCAGCCGAGUUGUUCUAUCUGUCAUUCUUCGACACUUCCACACAGCGCUUUCUUGAUGAUUCCUUCACGGCUAGCAAUUCGAUGUGUUUGCAGACGUGGUAUGCAUUGGCGUCGACUUUGUUGUCGUUGUUCGUAACAAAGACCUCCUCGAAUGGGUUGCUGAAUCGCGGUGGGAUGCACAUCUUCUCAUCAGAGCAGCUUCGCGAAUUCUUGGGGCUGCCCGUCGAGUGGAAUAGGCGCGGCAAGGCGGUGCUCGAUCUCGGCGCGGGCGAUGGUGGUGUGACAGCACGAACGGCCGAAUUCUACGAACACGUCUACGCGACCGAAAUGUCAACGGUGAUGCAGUAUCGAUUACGCCAACGAGGUUACACGGUUCUUGAUGUCAGCGAGUGGCAGAAGACCGGAAGAUCGUUUGACCUCAUUACGGUGCUCAACUUGUUGGACCGACACUACGACCCAUUGUUACUGCUUUCCGAGCUGCACGAAGUAGCACUACGAAACGGCUGCCCGGUUUUGAUGGCCAUCGUGUUGCCAAUACGACAAUAUGUCGAAUUUCAUCCUAACAACUCGACGACAAGACCAGAUAACUGGAUACCCGUGAAAGGUCGCACGUUCGAGGAACAUGUCGGUUCGCUGAUCGAGAAGGUCUUUGAACCUGCUGGGUUCGAGGUGACACGAUGGACGAAAAUGCCGUAUCUCUGCGAGGGUGAUCAUCAACGGCCCUACUACGUAUUGUUUGAUGCGCUGUUCCUGCUCAAAGCCGUCCCGAAAACCGACACCGGCCACAACCAGAACCACCGAGUUACGGAAGUCGCGGAACCACAUAUCGAAUUG